AUGGCCUUCUCCUGCCUCCGUCGUUGGUGGUGUCACCGGGCGUUUCUGGUCUGCCUUUGCUGGCUCGCAGCGCAACUGUUCCGGCCACUGGACGGGGCAGGAAAUUUGCUCACAAGCUUCGAGGUGCAGCAUGGCUACAUCUAUCCGCCGGCCGUAACGGUGGCGGAAGGGGAAGUGAUGCAUCUGCGCCUGCUCGUCCCGAUGCAGGAGGGUGAUCGGUGCCUGUACCGUGAGCCCGGCUCCCCUACCGACAUCGAUGUGCAUGGAGGAGACAACGACUCGACCAGAAGAAGGACCAACAAAUUGCUCCGUUUCGGUGACGCAGAGUGCAGCAUACGGGUGAAUCCGGUGCAUCGGCGUGAUGGCGGUUUUUGGCGAUUGACGCUUGUGCGCGGGACGGAGCGCAUCCGGGGCGUCACGAUGGUGGAUGUGAUUGAGCGUCCGGCCGUGCCGGAAAUUGGUGCUGGCGGCAGUGCGUCCGUCAGCUCGUUCGAUGAGAUCAGUCCGCAGCGUACCGAGUACUGUUUCGUGCAGCGACAGAGCAGUAUGGAGGGCGGUGGCGAUGGUGUGGUGGUGCCAAUGUACGAACGGUGCCAUCUGCCGCUGAGCGAAACCGACCCAACCGGGGCCGGGGUGUGGAGUGUCAUUGCCGGCGUGCAGGGACAGAUGCGCGAGAUGAGCUACGGAAUACAGAUCGAGAAUAAAGGGGAACAAAUCGUCACUGCGGUCGACAAAGAGCUCGACUAUCAUGUGCUCUCCUGCACGCUGCGCUACACCAAGCUGACGCUAAAGUUCUGUCGCUUCGUACGGCUGGCGGACGGGCUCGGGCUGAACGUCGUACCGGGCAUUGGCACGCCGCACUACGGUUACAUCGGGGCCGGCUUCGAGCGCAACGAGUGUGGGCUGGAAAUUCUCGGCCCCGAAGGGCUGGACAAAGGCACCUGGAAGUGUUUGCUCGGUUAUGGCGAUGAGGCGCUCACGAAAGUGUCCGGCGCGAUCGUAGACAACUCAGACACUACCCCUCCACUAGCGAUCGUGGGGCGGGACGUGGCGGCAACAGCACAGAACGGCACAACCGCCUCGCUGCUGUGCAAUGCCAACCAACCGAUCGAUUACUGCUGGUUCCGGGGACCGCAAGGCCAGUUCUACUCGCUCUCGGAGAGUCUCACGCACGGUGACGGUGCUCCCUACUGGUACAGUGGCAUCGCGCUGUCGAUGGGUGAGUGUGGCAUUACGUUCGCCACACUGGUGGAUGGGGAGCAUGCAGGCCGGUGGCACUGUUACGUCGGCAAUGGGCACGUUUCAGCGCUGGAAGUAUCGGCCAGCUUUGAGGUGCGCAUUUCGCCCAGCCAAAUCAUUUCGCCGGCGGGGGAUUGGGUCGAGGCGGUGCUCGGGUUUCCCGCCCUGCUCGGCUGUGAUUCGAUUCCCCGUGGUACACCGCUACAGUACUGUCGGUUCGUGACGCCGGCCGGGGAAGCGUUUAGCUUGAAUGAAAACGUGACGAACGAACGGCCAGUGUUGGGCCGGUUCUACUCCAACCCGAACCACAAUCUAGCCAAAGGGUCCUGCUCGCUCGUGAUUGCCGCGGUGCGGGAGGAAGAUUUCGGUCAGUGGAUCUGUGCCGGGAAGAUUGAGGGUCAUCCGGUCGAACACAUUUAUGGCGUUUUGUUGCACAACCGGGACUAUGGUGGACCGUCGGGAGGGGAGGAUGAGGAUCCGACGGCCACGGGCGACGGCACACUUUCGGCGGCAUCGAUCAGUGGGAUGGUUGUUGGGGCGGUGGCCGUCGUUGGUGGUGCGGUGGCCGUUGGCUACUGGCAGUUCCGGAAGCGGCUCCAUCGGCAGACGGUCGCCGCGAACGAGGAAAUUCAAAUGCGGUCGAUGGAAGAGCGGCCGAGAAUAAGCGUGUUAAGCACGAGCAUUAGCGAGGGCAGCAGCAGCAGCAACACCAACAGCCAGACAGCUUUGUAG